AAUGAUUUACGGAACCAACUACGGAACGCUCCCUUUUGAAACAGCUGCUUUUGACUUUGAUCGAAUGUUGCCUGACCGGCGCACUUUCGCUUGUUCUAUUUCUAUUACAAAACUCCUUGUAGACUUUUGGUCUUAAUAAGCUGUUUUUCCCCUUUUUUUCGAGUUUCGAAAUAAAAUAUAGACAAAAAUGAGUGCCUGGAGACAAGCCGGUCUAAACUACAUAAACUACUCGAACAUCGCCGCUAAAGUGGUGAGGCAGGCCCUCAAAACUGAGCUAAGGGCGGAUGCUGCCAAACGCAAUGACUCUCACGUAAAAAUCACCAAAUGGGAAGGGGGAAAAGCAAUUAAUGCAAGAGAAUAGAGAAAAUAUAAGUCCACGGAAUAUUAGAUAUCACCUGUUAGAACUAUUUUAAGCAGAAAGUAGUUUUAAGUGGAAAUGUUCGUAAGUUAAAAAAUAAUGCAAUAGAUUUUACUAGAGAUUGGUUUAA